AUGGCUGCAGAGGUUGAUCGUGUGCCUUCGCCCGAAGCGCUACUAGACGACGAAGCAGACAGUCUCGCUCUGACAGUGCAGUACCACGGCCAACCCAUAACUCUCACUCUCUCCACCGAAGCCACCAUCCAAGACCUCUCCACUCUCGUCGCCGAAGACCUGCAGAUCCCGCCUUCGAACCAAAAGUUCCUCAUCUCGCCGAAACCAGGUCUCCUCCGCCCACCCUUCAAAGACCCAACUCUACGCCUCGACUCCCUACCGCAAAAAGCAAAGAUUACGCUCCUAGGCAGCACGACCCAAGAAGUCGCCGAUGUCGAAACCGCAAUCGCAUCUCUGAAGCAAAAACAGCAAGCCCGUCGAGCAGCCCUGAAUGCCGGUCGCAAGGUCCAAGCAAAUCGCCAUCGCGACUGGAAGACCGUGACCGAAGAAGCAACGUAUACGUUCACCACAUUACGUCCGCUACCGCAACUGCACCAGCCAGAAAAGUCGCUGCGGUUCUUGGAGCGUCUGCGCGAUGAUCCUGGCAUCAAGGCUGCAAUGCGCAAACACAAGUUCAGUGUUGGUUUGCUGACCGAGAUGGAUCCCGCCGAGCAUACAACCCACGAGUCACGGACUUUGGGUCUGAACAGAAACAGAGGAGAGGUCAUAGAGUUGCGAUUGAGAACAGAUGCAUACGAUGGAUACAGAGAUUACAAGGUCAUCAGAAAGACCUUGUGCCACGAGCUCGCUCACAACGUGGUCGGCCCGCACAACGCAGAGUUUCAUGCUCUUUGGAACCAGAUUGAAAAGGAGGUUGAGAAGAACGAUUGGUCAAGAGGUGGUCACUCGCUUGGGCAGGAAGAAUUCUAUAACCCUGGCGACGACUAUGUCGACGACGAUGAUCACUGCGAUGCCGGUGGUUGGGAAGGAGGCUCCUACGUUUUGGGCGGAAGCACUUCAGACAACCAGACCUCUGUCGAACCUCUCACGCGGCGAGAAGCUAUGGCUAGAGCAGCCGAAGAGAGAGCAAAGAAAGAGAAGAGCGUGCAGAAGGCUACUAAGCACGAUUCAAACUCACCGUCGAGCUGA